CAAAAUAUUAAAUGAUCGUGCACGCCACGUGAUUUUGUGAGUCAUACUAUCCACAAAUCCGCAAUUCCCUGUGGGAGGAAAUCGAAAGUACACACCGUCAUCACCCUCAACCUACCAAUCAUGAAAAAGUGAGUUUCUCUCAGGCCAGGAGAGUAUCCUUCCAACCGUGAUGGCGAUGGACACUCCAGAGCAGCCCACUGUGGUUGAAUCCCAUCAACCUCAGGCUUCAGAGGCUGGCGGUGCUUCUCGCAAAAAGUCUUCUCUCAACAAAUUUUCGCUUGUCUGUGCGCUUCUUGCUUCCACUUGCUCUAUUCUAUUGGGUUAUGACAUUGGGGUGAUGAGCGGUGCAGUGCUUUACAUUAAGGAUGAAAUCCACAUCAGUUCAGUUCAAGUGGAGAUAUUGGUGGGGUCUCUGAAUGUGUGUUCUUUGAUCGGAUCACUCGCCUCCGGCAAGACUUCCGAUUUGAUUGGUAGGCGCUACACCAUUGUCUUGGCUGCAGCCACCUUUCUAAUUGGUGCACUGCUAAUGAGUCUUGCACCCUCAUAUCUGUUCCUCAUGGCCGGAAGGGUGGUGGCCGGAAUCGGCGUCGGGUACUCCCUCAUGAUCGCACCAGUCUACACCGCCGAGCUUUCUCCGGCCAUGACCCGAGGCUUCCUCACUUCACUCCCUGAAGUCUUCAUCACCUUCGGUAUCCUACUGGGCUACAUCGCCAACUACGCCUUGGCAGGCCUCCCACCGAAAAUCAACUGGAGAAUGAUGCUCGGUAUCGCGGCAGUGCCAGCAAUCGUCAUCGGAAUCAGUGUAAUUGGAAUGCCUGAAUCCCCUCGGUGGCUCGUCAUGAAAGGCCGGAUAAGCCAGGCAAAGCAAAUUCUGAUCAGAACAUCCGAUGAUGAAGAGGAAGCUGAGUUGAGACUCUCCGAAAUCAUGAGAGAGGCUUCCACCACCACCUCUGCCGAGUGGAGUGGACAAGGGGUUUGGAUGGAAUUGCUCUGCAGGCCGUCCAAGCCCAUCCGUCGAAUCCUCGUGGCAGCAAUAGGAAUGAAUUUUUUCAUGCAAGCUUCAGGAAAUGACGCCGUUGUGUACUACUCGCCGGCGGUGUUCGAGAACGCAGGAAUAAACGACCGGAGACAGCUGGUGGGGGUGACGAUCAUCAUGGGAAUUACCAAGACGGCGUUCGUUUUGGUCUCCGCACUUUUCUUGGACCGUUACGGGAGACGGCCCCUUCUGUUAUUGGGGUCAAUAGGCAUGGCCGUAUCGCUAGGUGGGCUGGCGUUGGGCUCCAAAUAUCUGGAAGACUCGGAACACAAGCCCACAUGGGCAAUUGCUUUGUGCGUGGUGGCAGUGUGCGCCGAUGUGUCCUUCUUCUCAAUUGGGCUGGGGCCCAUCACGUGGGUGUACUCGUCGGAGAUAUUUCCGACGAGGCUCCGAGCACAGGGUACGAGCAUGGCCGUAUCCGUGAACCGGUUGGUGAGUGGGGUGGUGGCCAUGACAUUUCUGAGCAUUUCCAAGGCCAUUACAUUUGGAGGUAUGUUUUUAGUGUUCUGUGGAGUCAUGGUGAUUGGUUCAAUUUUCUUCUACUUCUUUAUACCGGAAACCAAAGGCAAGUCACUAGAAGAUAUUGCUACCCUUUUCGAGGAUAAACCCUUACUUACCGAUAUUUCUUGGUAUUUAUACGCAAUCCAAGUAUCCAAAAUCCACCUCUCUUUCUAUCUCUCUCUCUCCCUCAUGGAGAACCGAUUCAAACUACGAAUCUCUCGCAUGUUUCGCCGUUCAUUCGGAUCCUGUCGGCCCCGGAGCAUGUCAGAUGUUAUCAUAUCGGACGUUAUGGAAAAACCGGUGUUCGUAGCUCACAACCAACACCAGAGCUUCCAAAUGAUGGAAGUGUCAUCUCCCAAACCUCGACCCUUUCCGUCUAUGUGCAGACCCAGAUGUCCAGAAAGAUGUGAAAUGAUCGAACACAGCUGUAUUGUGGCCGAGAAGGUGCUUCCAAGACGAAAAGUAUCGGAGCGAUGUUCGGUUUUCGGUUGUGGGGAUGCUGAGGGACGUAAGUGUCCUCCUGCCUCACCUGCAUCGCCUUUGAAUGCGUUCUACAACGUUCAAGAAUUUGGAUCGAAAGAGAAGAGAUCAAAGAAGAAGAAGAAGAAGAAGGCCCACGUGAAAAAGAACAAGAUCAGAGAGAUUAAUUACAUGUUCAGCUCAUCUUCUGCAGACACCAAUGGCGGUUUUGUCGGUGGUGGCUGGUUUAGCAGCGAAGACGAGAGAGAGGACGAAACAGAGACUCUAUUCUCGUCAAAGAGUCUCUCCUCGGAUUCAUCCGAGUCCCAGAAACGCCGGUCUCUCCGCAGAAACCAGCGGAGCCGGCGUAGAAGAGGUGCAAUAAACAAGGGUUCUUGUCAUCAGGAAACUAACGUACUGCCAUUGGAAGGGAAAGUGAAAGACAGCUUUGCAGUGGUGAAGAGGUCCAGUGAUCCGUACAGUGAUUUCAGGACAUCAAUGGUGGAAAUGAUUGUGGAGAAACAGAUAUUUGCAGCUAAAGAUCUGGAGCAACUGUUGCAGUGCUUUCUGUCUUUGAACUCUUCUCAUCAUCAUAGGAUCAUCAUUGAAGUUUUCACAGAGAUUUGGGAAGCUCUCUUCUCUAACUGGUCUUAAAAAGAAAACUGUUACCUGUUUUCUGUAAUCUGUAAUGCUUAGACUGCUUUCUAACUGUUAUUUACUGUACUAAAUGGUUCAUCUUCCAUUUUCUCUCUU